GCCAGGUUAACAGGUUCUGCAUCCCCGCGGGAGGACGCGACAGGGGGCGGAAGCCGCUGGGGCGUGGCCGGACUCGGCGCAUCCAGCCAUGUGGGCACCCAGGCUCCAUCACCUCUGUCUGACCUUCCUGCUAGCCUGUGUUUUUGCCUCAGUCUUCUUCCUCCACAUCCACCAAGACGCCUUUCACAAUGGCUUAGGCCUGUCUGCCCUAUGUCCAGACCGUAACCCAGUGACAUCCCAUGUGGCCAUCAUCUGCCUGUCGGGCACACCCAUAAACCCCAAGGCCUCUUUUUCCUGUCCCAAGCAUCCUGCUUCCCUCUCAGGAACCUGGACUAUCUACCCAAACGGCCGGCUUGGGAACCAGAUGGGGCAGUACGCCACGCUGCUGGCCCUGGCCCAGCUCAACGGCCGCCAGGCCUUCAUCCAGCCUGCCAUGCACGCCACCCUGGCCCCCAUGUUCCGCAUCACCCUGCCCGUGCUGGCGCCUGAGGUGAACGGCCGCAUGCCUUGGCGGGAGCUGGAGCUUCACGACUGGAUGUCGGAGGAGUACGCCCAAUUGAAGGAGCCCUGGCUGAAGCUCACCGGUUUCCCCUGCUCCUGGACUUUCUUCCAUCAUCUCCGGGAACAGAUCCGCAGCGAGUUCACCCUGCACGACCACAUUCGGCGAGAGGCCCAGAGUUUACUGAGUCAGUUCCGGCUCAGCCGCACGGGGGACCGCCCGAGCACCUUCGUGGGUGUCCACGUGCGCCGUGGGGACUACCUGCAGGUGAUGCCCUAUCACUGGAAGGGUGUAGUGGGUGAUCGCGCUUACCUCCAGCAGGCUAUGGACUGGUUCCGGGCCCGGCAUGAAGCCCCGAUCUUUGUGGUCACCAGCAACGGCAUGGAGUGGUGCCGGGAAAACAUCGACACCUCCCGGGGGGAUGUGAUCUUCGCUGGCGAUGGGCAAGAGCGUACCCCCGGCAAGGACUUUGCGCUGCUCACACAAUGCAACCACACCAUCAUGACCAUUGGCACCUUCGGCUUCUGGGCCGCCUACCUGGCUGGUGGAAACACCGUCUACCUGGCCAACUUUACCCUGCCUAACUCCAGCUUCCUGAAUAUCUUUAAACCCGAGGCCGCCUUCCUGCCUGAGUGGGUGGGCAUUAAUGCAGACUUGACUCCGCUCCAGAUGUUGGCUGAGCAUUGAGCAGCAGGGAGACUUUCUGAAAUAGUCUGAUCAAC